UUGGCCGCAUGCAAAUCUUCAUUUUCUGCACCUGCGCCGUCAUUCAGGUGUACGUGACCAACGAGCAGCUCGGACUGGUGUUGGUUUUGGCGGGUGCCACCUGUGAGAUGGCCAUUCACGAUCAUCGCUUGUCGUGGCUUUAUUCGGCGGUUAUUUCUGGACAGAUUGUGAUCAGUCCCUAUAUGGGCUACAAGGCGGAUGAAAUUGGGCGACGCAAGAUGCUUCUCAUAACGCUGAUUCUCAGUGUGUUGUGCUCCCUGCUGUCUGCUUUCAGGCAGGUAUCGCCUCGCUACUGCUGGCCCUCAAGUUGCACCACAGAAUCGCCAACGAUUACGCACUCACCAGCUGGCGUGUGCUGGUUCUGUUCAAUCUGCUGCCUAGCCUCUUUGGCAUUGUCUCGCUAUUUUUGUUGCCAGAGAGUCCCAAAUAUUACCUGGCCGUCGAUGAGCAGGAAAAGGCCAUGGCCAUGGCAAGGGCAAGGGCAAGGCUGUGACCCUCUCCAGUCUGGGUGUGGAGUCUGUCACGCAGCCGCGACUGCCCGAGAAAAAGAUCCAUCGAAGUGCCUUGGCCCGGCAGUGGUAUGACGUGCUUCCCCUCCUGCGUGGCGUUUAUUUCCGGUAUUUUGCUUUGGCCUCCGCUGUCAUUUUUGUAUUCUU